GGCCCGAGCGACGCGGGCUCUCCAAUCUGCCAUUUUCUGCUUCGGGAGCCGUGGGACGCCCCGGCUCCUGUUUCCCUUUCCCUUUUCUCCUCCCCUCCCCGUCUCUGUCCUCUGCGUCCCCCGCCACCGAGAGACCAUGGCCGCCGAGCCCGCUGCGAUCGCCGAGCUCGCCCCAGCCGACAAAGGGGAAGAAGAGGCCCCUGCUCCAUCCACAUCUGCAGACACAACUGAUAGCAUGGAUGUGGACAGUGAGUCCAAGAAGCUGCUGGGCUUGGGGCAGAAACAUCUGGUAAUGGGAGACAUUCCAGCAGCUGUUAAUGCAUUCCAAGAAGCAGCUAGUCUCUUGGGUAAGAAGUAUGGAGAGACAGCUAAUGAGUGUGGAGAAGCCUUCUUUUACUAUGGAAAGUCUCUUCUGGAGUUAGCAAGAAUGGAGAAUGGUGUGUUAGGAAAUGCCCUGGAUGGAGUCCCAGUGGAUGAAGAUGGAGAGAGAACAGAAGAUCAAUCUAUGGUAGAGAGUACUGAUAACGUAGAGGAGGAAGCCAGGGGCGUAUUGAAAGAACAGGCCUCUGACACCCUGAAGGACCAAGCGCCAGCACAGAACGCCGAGGCUGAGGCCCCUGGGGUGAAGGUCGAGGAGGAGGCCGCGGCUGCUGCUGCUGCUCCUGCUGCCGACCCUGUAGAGGAGGCUCAAGAAAGUUCCGCAGAAGCCAAGAGCGGGGCAGCUGAUGUGGAGAUGGAAGAGGUGGAGGACCAGGUGGAAGCAUCCCCUACAAGCCCUGAGAAGGCCCCAAGCACAGCCCAGGAGCCUGAGCCCGAAGCUGCGGCUGCUCCCGAGGAACCGGCAACGGGCUCAGAGGCCAUGGCUGCUGCGCCCCAGGAAGGGCAGCCAGAGGGAGGAGAGGAGGCCAGAGAGGAAGCAGUUGAGAAAGCAGUUGAGGAAAAACAGGGAGAAGCAGUCAUCAAAGCAGAGGAAAGCCCCCAAGAUGCUUCUGAAGAGCAGCCAACCCCAGCCCCAGAAGAGACAGGAGCUGAAGUUGGGGCAGAAGGAAAGGAAGCAGAUGGGGCAGGAGGGGAAGAGCUGAAGGCUGAGGAAGCCCCAGCAGCAGCGGCGUCGGAGGUUGAGCAGGGAGGAGAAGAAGCCGCCCAGGCCAAAGAGGAGCCAGUGGAGGCUGCAGCAGAGGAGCCAGUGGAGGCUGCAGCAGAGGAGCCAAUGGAGGCUGCAGCAGAGGAACCAGUGGAGGCUGCAGCAGAGAAGCCAGUGGAGGCUGCAGCAGAGGAGCCAGUGGAGGCUGCAGCAGAGGAGCCAGUGGAGGCUACAGCAGAGCAGGCAGCGGCGCCUGCGGAGGCCCAGGAACCUGCAGAGGCCCAGGCCGAGACACCAGGUGAGGAGAAGCCCAGAGAGGAGAAGCCCGAACAGCCCCUGGCGGGCACCCAGGAAGAGGGUCAAGGUAGCAUUGCUGACCAAGAGGAAGAGCGUCCUGCAGAAAACCAGGCUGCCCCCGAGGCCGAGCCUGCAGCAGAGGCCCGGCCUGUCCCGGAGGGGCCUGAGGGUACCCCAGAAGACACAAAGGCAGCUGGCGAUGGGCCAGAGAAGGGCCCUGAAGACCAGGAGGCUCUAGGAGCACCCCCUGAAGAAAAAGAUGAGCAGAUGGAAGAGGAGGAGGAGGGAGAAGAAACUGAAGGUUCUGAAGAGGAGGAUAAGGAGAAUGAGAGAGAGGCCGAAGAGCCUGGGAACGAUUCCAAACUGGAAAACAAGGAGAAUGAAGAUGAGGACAUUGGAAACCUGGAGCUUGCCUGGGACAUGCUGGACUUGGCCAAGAUCAUCUUUAAAAGGCAGGAAACAAAGGAAGCCCAACUGAAUGCAGCUCAAGCUCAUCUGAAGCUGGGGGAAGUGAGCGUGGAAUCAGAAAAUUACAGCCAGGCCAUAGAGGAAUUCCAGGCCUGCCUGGCCCUCCAACAGAAUUACCUGGAGGCCCACGAUCGGCUGCUGGCCGAGACCCACUACCAGCUGGGCCUGGCCUACUCCUACAACAGCCAGUACGGGGAGGCCGUGGCGCAGUUCACCAAGUCUGUGGAUGUCAUCGAGAAGAGGCUGGCCAUGCUGAGUGAGCGCAUAAAGGCAACUGAGACUCCCUCUGCCGAGGAUGAGAAGGAGGUGGAGGAACUGAAGGAGCUGCUGCCUGAGAUCAAGGAGAAGAUCGAAGACGCCAAGGAGUCCCAGAGCAGCGGGAACGUCGCCGAGCUGGCUCUGAAGGCCACCCUGGUUCAGGCUGCAUCUGGUUUCACAUCAAGCAGUGGGAGCUCCUCGGCCUCAGGGAUCGCGGCCCGGAGACCCACAGAUGGUGCUGCUACAACGUCCUCCAACUGUGUGACUGACAUUUCCCACUUAGUCAGAAAAAAGAGGAAACCUGAAGAAGAAAGCCCCCGGAAAGAAAAUGAAGCUAAGAAGCCCAAGCCGGAGCCAGCUGUCAAUGGUGGGGGUGGGGGUGGGGAUGGGGAUGCUGCUGCUGCCACUAGUCAGAAGGAGGCCACAGAAGCCAUGGAGACAGAGGCUGAGAACCAGACACCAGCCGAGCCCGGAGCUGCCACCGUACAAAGCACCGCGUGAACCUCCCUGAGGGGAGGUGGGAGGACCCCUCUUCUCUCGAAGGACGAUGCUUUUGUAUAUAAUGUAUUUUUUCACUUUUGGGGACUCUUUUUGUAUAACUUCAAUAAAGAUUGUACGCAAAGGUUGAA